AUGUCUCGUCUUACGGAUCAACAACUUGAAAAAGAAUUUAAACAAAUGGAUAAAAAUAAUGAUAAAUCAGUUACAAUUGCCGAAUUACGAAGCUAUUAUAUACCAAUGAAAGAAAGGUUCGGUGUAUCAUCAAAAGCUGUUGAACAAGAUGUUCAACGUUAUCUUAAACGAGUUGAUACUGAUCGUAAUGGAAAAAUCAGUUUUCAAGAAUUUAAAUUCUUUAUGCAAAGAAAAAAUGAAUUAAUAUUAUCUGAUGGUUUAAUCAUUGAAUGUGGUGUUGGAACAGCUGUAACUACAAAUUAUAUAGCUAAAAAUAUUAAUUCUAAUCGUAUCGUAUAUGGAUUUGAUAGCUUCGAAGUUGAAAAUAAUGUCGAAAUCAUAAUUGGAAUAUUUGAAGAUACAUUACCAGACCUCGUCAAUAAACAUAAUAAUGAUAAAAUAGCAUUAUUACAUAUUGAUUGUGAUUUAUAUUCUUCAACUAAAACAGUAUUUAAUUAUUUAGGAAAACUAUUAGGUCCAAAAUCUAUUAUUGUAUUUGAUGAAUUUUGGAAUUAUAAUGGUUAUGAAGAGCAUGAAUGUAAAGCAUUUUAUGAAUGGUUAAUAAAUGAAAAUAAAUUAAAUUCUUUUAAAUGGAUUGGAUAUUGUAGUGAAUGCAAUACUACUCAGUAUAUAAAAAAGGAAAUAUUUCCAGAUCCAUUUUAUGGACCUACAUUUCUACUUAGUGGAAGAGUUUCAGUACAAUUAAUAUAA